AUGUCUGGCGAGGCUGAGGUCGCGGCUGCGACCCGGGAGGUGGAGGCCUUCCACUUGCGCGUGCGGCAGGCGGUCUCGCCGGUGUUGUCGAGGCCUCUGGCUAGGCGGCCCAGGCGGGCGGUGCAGCCGCAGUGCUUGGUCAAGCGCAGCAAGCGCCUGGCUGGCCAGGGGGCUUCGGCUGGGGGAGCCAGCAGGCAGCAGCGGGCCAUCAUCCACCGGCUGGGCUUUGCGAGGGAAGGCGAGCGCAUUGGAGACAACACUUUGCAGGCCUACCUUGGGCUGUUCGACAAGCCUCUAGCGCCUGAGCACAUCACCGCGAUCCUGUCCCUUGUCGGGCCGUGGUUCAUUGCGGGAGACUUCAAACUCAUCGUGGUUCCGACGGAUAAGAACAAUGAUCUUAUUAAUCGGAGGAUGAUGGGUAAAUUCCGCAAGUUGAUUCGAGAUCUUGAGCUUAAGGAGCUCUAUCUCAACGGGAGGCGCUACACGUGGUCGAACAAGAGGGAGGUGGCUACACUCGAGAAGUUAGAUCGUGCCUUCUCUUCGGAGGUGGUCAAGGUGGCGUGGGACCUCGGUGAUGAUCCGGUCAACCCGUUCCUGCGCUUGGACUCCAAGUUGCGUCGUACGGCAAAGCGACUUAGGAGCUGGAGCGACCGUUUCAUUGGCAACACCAAGCUGCAAAUUCUGGUGGUCACCGAGAUCAUUCUUCGGCUUGACGUGGCCAUGGAGUCUCGGACGCUUUCCCCGGAGGAGAGGGGGCUGCGUAGGACUCUCAAGCGCAAGUUGCUCGGCCUUGCCUCUUUGGAGCGGUCAAUUGCCAGCAACGUUCGCGGGCCCUUUGCGACCGCCUCGAUCAUUUCGGAGGCUGAAAUUUGGGCCGUGGUUAAGGACCAGGCGCUUGACAAAGCCCCUGGGCCGGAUGGUUUUUCUGGGAGGUUCUUCGUGGCCUAUUGGGAUACCAUCAAGCAUGAUGUGGUGGAGGCCUUUGCCGCCUUGGCCCUGUUGGAUGUGAGGGGGAUGCAAGCCGUGAAUGUGGCUUUCAUUAACCUGCUGCCCAAGAAGCCGGAUGCGCGGGAGGUGCGGGACUUUAGGCCGGUCAGCCUGAUCCACAGCGUGGCUAAGCUCUUCACGAAGGUCCUGGCGGCGAGGGUGGCACCGACCCUUCCCCACUUGGUCGGUCUGCCUCAGUGCGCCUUUGUUAAAGGGCGUUGCUUGCAUGAUAACUUCAUGCUUGUUCAGGGCACGGCGCGUAGCCUCCACCGUGCCAGGAUUGAUGUCGUCCUUCUUAAGCUGGAUAUCACUAAGGCCUUCAAUACGGUGGAUUGGGCCUUCUUUUUGGAGGUUCUGGAGCGGCGGGGUUUUGGCCCGAGGUUCCGGGCGUGGAUUUGUGGACUGCUUUCCACGGCUACCACGAGAGUCCUUCUCAAUGGCAUUUUGGGGGACUCCAUCGUGCACCGCCGUGGCCUCUGGCAAGGGGACCCUCUGUCGCCAAUGUUCUUCAUUCUUGUGAUGGACGUCCUUCACUCCAUGUUGGAGAAGGCGGCGGAGGUGGGGCUGCUGGUCCUCUCGCAGCCCAAGGGUUCCGACACCGACGUGGUGGGGUGCUCGUGGGUCAUCGCUGAUUUCGGGGCGGCCUCCGGGCUUUGCACGAACUUCGCCAAGAGCUCUGCACACCUUAUCCAGUGUUUGGAGAAGCAGCGCUUGUUGAUUGAGGGCCUCCUUCAGUGUGAGGUCCGGGCCUUCCCUUGCGUUUACCUUGGCCUCCCACUGGGGCUGCGGAAGCAGACGGCGAAUCAGCUCCUGCCGUUGGUGGAUAAGGUGGAGGGCCGACUGCCCUAG